AUGUUCUGGCCCAGCGAGGCUGCUGCGGAGCACUCGCGGGCCGAUUUUCUGGCCCAGCGAGGCCGCAUUUUCACCGUCGGCGACGGCGAAACGGCGAUUCACAUUUUGGAAUCCGCGUCUCACAAAAGCGUCGGCACCCUACAAGAGUGGGCGCUGCAAGACACGGCGGCGACCUACACCGUCGGCGACGGCGAACGGCGCGUCACGUUUUGGAAUUCUCUCGCCACUGAGCACCCGGCCCUCCGCCAUGCUUCCGUCGAGACCCUGCUUAACCGGGCGGCCCUCCUCGGGUUGACAGUGGGUCCCGAGCCCAAGCUGCUCGGCUCGGCACAACGGAUUGACGACGGGCGCUGGUCAGGCACUGUCGACGGUCACGUUCGCACAAUCAACGCGGCCAGCGAAGGGCGGCUCGCCUCGGGCGAGGAGUUUAUCGAGAGCCUGACCGGAGAGAUUUUCGCGCUCGAGCUCACCUCGGAGUCGCGUGCUGCAGCGACGCUCGUCCCUGAUCCGCCCUCGCUCAGUGCCUGUACAGAGCAGUGGAGCAUCUGUCCGACGCUGCAGACGGCCUACAUAGCCUCGCUGGUCGCGUGCGCUCUGAUGCUCGGAGAGCUUGUGAGCCUCGGCGUGCACGCCUCGACGCCGACCUCCACGCGCGUCGAGUGGCAAACGCGGCGGGUGAGCGAGGCGCGCUCCGAGGUCCUCCAGCUGGAGGAUUGGCUCAACGGGCGGCGUGAGGCGUUUGCGGCGGACCAGGAGGCGUUUGCGAGGAGGAUGAGCGAGCUCGAGCCCAGGCUGGAGGAGAGCGAGGCACGGCUCGCCGAGCUAGUGGCUGAAGCGAGUUUUUGCACGGAAUUUCUUCUAAAAAUCUUCCUUUGGAACCGAGUUGGCACCGGCAAUGGUUGGCUUUUUGUGCUGGCUCGCGUACGCGACUCCGGCGUCCGUCGCGCCAUCCAGGCCACACGCGCACUCGCCUUCUCUCAGCACGGCGCCGCGUGGGCGGCCGCAGCACCGCCCAAGGUUGCCGCUGCCAAGAAGAAGGCGGACCUGUCAACCGCCCUCUUUAAGCUUACCUUUGACCAGUCAAAUAAGCUUGUCUUCCAGGAGCUCGGCUGGGGUGACGCAGAGGCGAAGUUGCUAAGUAAGGCGCUCACGCGCUCAUCGUCGGCGUCGAAGCUGAUUCUCAGCGGAAAUAACAUUGCCGAUACGGGCGUGGCGGCCCUCGCACAGAGCCUCCGCGCCGGCGCUGCGCCAAAGCUCAAGGUGAUCAACCUAGCGGGCAACGCGGUGAGCGAAGAGGCGGCGAAGGGGCUUGUGGACGCGCGCGAGGGGCUCACCGUCUCCUUUGAGCAGCCCGCGAAGAAGGCCGCGAGCAAGGUGGCCUCCUCCUCCUUCAGGGAUGAGAACGCGCUCUUCAAGGCGGCCUUUGAGCAGGCAGAGACACUCUUCUUCAGCGAGCUCGGCUGGGGCGACGCGGAGGCAGAGGCGCUGAGCAAGGAGCUGAACUCGGCCACGUCGCUCAAGAAGCUCUUCCUGAACGGCAACGCGAUCCAGUGCGAUGGCGGCCAGGCGCUCGCCGCCAGCAUCCGCGCAGGUGGUGCGCCAAACCUGCAGGUGCUGAACCUCGCCGGCAACCGCGGGCUCACCGAGGCGGACCGGCGUGCGCUGACGAGUGCACGCAGUGGCCUCACGGUGAACUUUGUCCAGCUCAAGCAGGCCUCGGACGCGGAGGUCUACAUUCGUGCGGACCAGGGCAAGCUCACGAACAAAGGCGUGAUCGACCGCGCCUCGAGCGGCCAGCUGGUCGACGGCUCGGCAGCGACCUGCUCGGAGCUCGAGCAGAUCAUGAAUGUCGACCGCAAGACGAUCAAGAUCGAGCAGAACUUGCUCAAGGCGAUGAAGGACCCGGAGCAGAUCAAGAAGGUCGAGGACAUCGAGCAGAGCCUCGAGAGGCAGGUGGAGCGGCUCGACAAGAUCCUGGUGACCAAGACGACCAAGGGCUGCAAAGACGACAAGGCGAAACUCGCUCGCUCGUCAGGCUACCCGCUGAACGGAACCCCUCGCUAA